AGCUGUAGUGUGGUUAAUGACGUCAUGACGGCUCCGGUCUCUAAUGGCUGAACAACAACAACUGUCGGCGAGUGACAAACUUUCUCAAACUUCUACUGAGUCCUAACAAAGUUGGAAAUAGCGCAUCAUUUCAACUGUGUAACAGUUCACGAGUGUUUGUUUAUUUUAUUUUUAACCGUAAUUACAAAUGUGGAAUUACUGAUGGAUCCGAGAUAUGACAUACCGCGGAGGGCCGCCGGUGGCGGCGGUGGCUCCGCGAACUCGUCCCCCGCUCUGGGGGCUCAGUCGCGCCGCAGGAAGAUGCCUCCCAGACCCGCUGAUUUUAAACUACAAAUUAUCAUUAUUGGCUCCCGCGGGGUUGGUAAAACCAGCCUCAUGGAGAGAUUCACCGACGACACUUUCUGCGAAGCGUGCAAGUCGACCGUAGGAGUUGACUUCAAAAUCAAGACAGUGGAGCUGAGAGGGAAGAAGAUCAGACUUCAGAUAUGGGACACUGCUGGCCAGGAGAGGUUCAACAGCAUCACAUCAGCCUACUACAGAAGUGCCAAGGGAAUAGUGCUAGUGUAUGACAUUACAAAGCAGGAGACAUUUGAAGACCUGCCCAAGUGGAUGAAAAUGAUAGACAAGUACGCCUCAGAGGAAGCAGAGCUCCUCCUGGUCGGGAACAAGCUGGACUGUGAGACUGAUCGUAUCAUCUCCAGACAGCAGGGGGAGAGAUUUGCCUCUCGAAUAAGUGGAAUGCGCUUCUGCGAAGCUAGUGCCAAGGAUAAUUUCAAUGUUGACGAGAUCUUCCUGAAGCUUGUGGAUGACAUCCUUAGCAAGAUGCCUCUGGAGGUUCCCAACAAGGAGCUUUCCAACAGCGUCCUGUCUCUGCAGCCUGAACCGGAAGUGCCUCCGGAGUUGCCGCCUCCCCGCAUGCGCUGUUGCUGAGAGUUGGAGUGGUCCCCCAUCCCACGCACACGCACACGCACACACACACGCGCUCACACACACAAACACACAAACACACUCACUCUCACACACUUGGCUCUCACGUGCAGAGUGCCAACUUUACCACCAGGUGGCAGCAAACAGCAGCAGUUUGAAGCUAAUGACUGCUGAUUUAAGACGCAUGGACUCUCUUAACAACCAGUAUUAUCUUCCCCCUGAUUCGCAAACCCUACACUAGAAUAUGUAUCGCAGCAACACUUCGGCCUGGUGAAUCGCCCACUUCCUACCACCCUUCUGUCUACACUCGACCCCAGACUACCUCAAUCCUCGGACCGUAUGGCUAGCUGUGCCCCGCAGGUGCCUUCGAGGUAGAGAGCCCUCUGAUUGCAGUUGCACAUUUAUAUUGGAGGGGGAUUAUCGAGGGGCUUGUUCUCUUCCUUUUAGUCCUCACACAUACUGUACACUAAGUUUGAUACUGUUUUGAGUUUCUCCAACAAUCUCUGCAUCAUCUAGCUUCCAGAAAAGGGAUAACAAUAUCUCACAUCUCUAUAGUUUGAUUCAAAACUCCUGGUGUUGGUACAGUUGUUUUAUAUUCUACUAAAUAGGUAUUAUUAUCAAGCGACAAGUUGACUUGAGGUAAAACAAAAGCACAUAAUGUAAAUAAGGUGUGUUGCUGUAACGACUGGACAAGGUGCAGAUUUCUGUAGCCAGCAGGAGGUGGUUGCGUGGUGGUGAUCAUAUCAGUUUGUAUUCCUUCGCCUUAAUGUGUAGUGGCUGGAACGGCUCAUUUCACUUGUGUAUAAAUUGUAACGUUUUGCACUACAAUCCAUCGUAUCUAGUAAAGCUGACAAGCGGAAAAAGAAACUUGUAGUUUUUUAGCUCUAGUGAAGAUCGAUGUUGCCUCCUCGGUAGUGGCCGCUCUGAAAUCUUCCACACCCUGAUGAAGAAAUGCAAGGAGAGAUGGGUAAUGUAGUCUUUGCGGGAUUUCACAGGGGCAUUCACCAUGUGUGUUUCUGGCUUUUUAGAGGAAAUACUGUCAUUAAAUAGCUAGUUCACACACCCCCACACACAUGGUUUUAGCCUUUGUUUUGGUUUUGUUACUAAUAUUGCAAAGUGUUUUGUUUUUUAAUGUUUUUCCUUCGAAUUCAGAUACAACUUCAAGAAGAAUGUUUGACUUUCUCUCGUUGGGGGACAAGUGCAGGAAGGUUUGUUUUUGUAUUUGAAUGACUCAGGAAACCUUGAUCGGCUCAUUUUGACAGGCUUUUAUUGCAGACUUGAUUUGUUUUAGGGUUUCAAAACUAAAAGAACUUCUUCAUAAAGAUGCUAGAGGAGGGGAGCUGUUCUGAAUUUAUAAUUUGGCCGUUUGAUAUCCCAUCGCUUGUACAUUAAAAACAAAUUAGGCUGUGCAUGUGAAGCCCUCCUGUAUUUAUAGACAUUAACAGUCAUUUGAUUCUUCUGUCUUUUUUGUUACAUUAAUGCAAUAUAAGCAGAUGUAGCACUGUGAGUGUCUCUGUUUUGUUUUUUCAUGUUGAAGCAAAAGUCUGACGGUGAAGAAGGACGAGCCCGUUCAAGGACCUGAUUUUAAAUGACUCAAACUGACCCGCUAUUGGUUAUUUUGUUUUUUGUUGACGUUUUUUGUUGACGUUUUAUGUUACCGUCAAGCUUUUUGUGGACUUGAAAUAGCACAAUAUGUAUUCUAACAAGUGAAUAGUUUCAUACCAAAUUAAUACAGCUGAAAAUAAAAGAUCUUUGCGAACAAAACAUCACAGACAUAGAAGCACAUCACGCAAUAAGAUUCCAAUUAAGAUCAACCAGCAGGCGACAGGUGUGUCCCUUGUGCGUUGAUAUUGUUUUCUUUGGCAUCAAACUUUUCAUUUGUCCCCCGCUGCCUUUUUUUUUUUUUUUUUUAGCAUUUGGCACUAACCCUGAGGUCUUUGUUUUAAUAGCCAAGCCUUAUACUACUCUGUUUUAAAUAUACAUUUAAAAACGAUAAAUGCUUUUAUUUGAAAUGUGUAUCCUUUAAGAUGGAAGACUGUACUUUGUAUUAAACCUGUUACUAUAAGUCUUUGAAAAGUUUUGGCAUGUUUAAAGCAAAUUUGUGGUAUUUAUAACUUGUGGCAUUCUUGAACUAAUGAAAUGCAAUUAAAGAUAUCUAUAUUUAUUACCAGA